AUGGCCUCCUGGUUUACGCAUAACCUCCAAAGACGUCUGCUGCUAUAUUUCAUACAGAAAAUAUCGCUAUUUUCACAAAUCGACAUAGCUGCUCUCGAAGUAUCACUCGGUUCCAGCUCACAUUUCGCAUUUCACGAUCUGGAUUUAGACGUUGAUAGCAUAGAUCUUCCGGAUGUGGUCAUAAGAAGCGGGUUUCUGAAGAAGCUGGAUUUGCAGCUGACCGUUAGUGGCGGGCUUAGCGUUGCAGCAUCUGGUGUCGCAUUCGUGGUGAAGCCUAAUUUCUCGAAAGCGUUCGAUGCUCAAACAUCAAGCCUUUUUCUUACGAAAACCGUGUAUGACCUGACAAGCUCUGUGAUGCAUCUUGAUGGAAGUAAGGAUGGAUUCCCCGAUGAUGACUCCAUACCAGAUGACACUAGUGAGAGUAGCAACAAGGGUCAGGAUCCAGGUGAGGCAGCGGCGCCAUCCAUGCUACAAUCCAUGCGCAACAAGGCAUUGGACCUAAUAUUAUCAAAGCUCUCCAUGACCCUGAGCAAUAUCAGCAUAAAGUUCUUGUUUUCAGCAGAAAACACUGUAGAACUCACAAUUGAAGAACUCGUGUUUUUAUCCGCAAACGAGACUCGCAACAUUAAUAUCUCAGGGCUGGCCCUGCAUCAUUUCAAACAGACGAGAAAAAGACAGGAGGAAAGUGAGCCUUCGAAUCCAGAAGCUUCCAUGUCAGAGUCCUUACUAUAUUCCAAAGCUGAAGCCACUUCAAUCUACAUGAGUGCUAUUCAAAGCAUGCAGGAAGUUGCUGAAGCGGAAACACCUACUGCUGGUCAGAAAGGCUGUGUGGAACUUUUGACAAUCAAUGAUUUCAAGUUUUCUUUCAAAGGUUUCGCGUCUAUCGACGACAUUUCCGUAAGGGACGCUGAAGUUAGUUUCGACCGGUGCAGAGUAAAUCUCCACCGGGUAUUGGAACUUGGUGAACCUGUCAUUAUUCCCUUGAUAACGAUUUUAUUAAAACGACCCAAGGACGAUAUGGGUUCGAAGAAUGCGGUAAUGCCUCAAAAUCUUCGCGGCUACAAAAGAUUCAAAGAGGAACAAGAUCUUCAUGAGGACAACCACUUUUCCGCCUUCAGCGGCAAUGAAAUCAGGAUAUGUAUAAGUGAUACGCUGAGCCUUACAACAAGAGGUAUCUCUAUGAGAAUGAGUGACCACCAGGUCCUUCAAAUUGAGCUAAAUGCUUUUCAUGCUUCUCAUAACGGCUCAGUGAUACUUGAGGUAGUCAGACCUCUCGGCCACUCGGUAAUUGAGGGCUCCUACGCGUUGGCUACGGGAGAUAUCACGGUCAGAAUAAACGGUGACACCAAUUUUGACGUUGAAAUUGAUUCUGCUCGUGAAUUACUCAGGUGCUACUUAUUCCUGACAAAACAAUCCGAUAUUUGGCUACAAAAUCUAACCAAAGGACUCAAAAAGAAAGGCAAAUCCGCUAAUCGUGCGACAUUGAAGGUGGAUGGGAAGCCAUUAAACCUAAGUUUUCACUUCGAUGGUGCCGCUUUAAGGCUCUCAACAACCGACUACUUCAUAAAUCUUCCAUCGGUUUUGUUCUCGUGUAACGCAGUGAAGCUGGAACUGCAAGAUCCAAAUGCAUUAGUAGACCUGCUGAGCAUAUGCAAUGUGAACAUCAAAGGCCGUUCCGACCCUUUGCAGCACUCUUCAUUUAAUCAUGGAUUCGAUGAGGUUAUCCUUUCUUCGAAGUGCGAAGCCUUUGUCAAGGUUAUCAAGCUUUACGCUACGACCGAAAUUAUUGAAAAAGUGUUAUCCAAAAUUCAUUCCAUUCAGUCUGAGCUCUCCCAGGUAUCUACUGAGUUUGGAGUGGUGAAGUCUACUGGCCCCAAAUCUCCAAGACAUUUGAAAAGAAGCGUUCGUAUUAUGGGGUCUUCCUCAUUCAUCAACAAACAAAGCUCUGCUGUGCACUUUUUAGUUGAGGUGGAAACCAUCGAAGGGAUUUUAAAUGGUUGUUUGGAUCCGUCCUUUGGUGGUUUGGCUGCAACUGGGAAAAAUUGCUUUCUGUAUUACAAUGAAGACCGCACCUGUACAGGUUACGUCAAAAGUCUUGAAGUUUACAGGACCUUGGAUGGCAAACGCGAGGUAGUCAUAGAACCCGCGUACCAACAAGGUUCACAGACUCCUGUUAUGACUUUUCAUAGAAAAUUGAGUGGUAAACUUUGCUGCGCCUUCAGAAAAGUUAGUGUUCACUAUCGUGCACGGUGGCUCAAAUUUCUGUCAGAUGCAAAAGGGCCAGCAACACCAUCGCCUUCCGCUUGCGCCACCCCGACAAGCACCGGCGGACAGCCCACUAUAUUAGAAAUCAAGCUGAUUGAGUGUGCAUUGCACUUAAGUCCUUACAGACUCAAGGCCCAAAUGGUCCUGAUAAUUGGAAAAUGUGCAAUGGAUUUGAGGUUGCCUACAAUGAAUCUCAAGGGAAGUUUAAGGGCCGGCUCCCUUCUUCUGAUUGAUGACAUUGCUAAUUUCAAAUCAAGAGCGAGUUUCCAAGAGGUUUCUAAUUUGACCCCGUACUACACAGAACGAGGAUUUGCGAACAUUGCAAAAUUUGAUAGAUUCCAUUUCUCUAGUCAAAAGGACAGCGAAGGACUGGAGGCUACGGUAAAUAUAGGAACAGCCUCUCUCUCUUUGUGUGCCGAUUCAUUACAAACAUUGGUUCAGCUCUCCGUGGAUUUAGGUAUUCCUAUAAGCUUCCCAGAUGCGGAGAAAUACAGAACAAAACCACCGCAAGUUGACGUCUUUAACAAUGUGGAUGAGAACUUUUUUACGCAACAGAAGCUUCAAGUGGACCCUUCAGCCAAACAAGUUGGUGAUAUCUCAACAGCUGAUGAACUAUCAAAAGCUUUUUUCGAUAACGCUAUGGAAUUUGUUGUACUAGACAACAGUUCUACUUCCAGUGAUAAACCUGUGUCACUAUUAGGUGCCCAAGACAGCUACUUUGAUACUAAAAAAGAUCAUCAUGCUGACUCACACAUCCCCAAUGCUAUGCCACACGCAAAAGUAUCCUUGCAUCUAAGUCUGGAGCGAGCAACUAUCAAACUUUAUGAUGGGUUCGACUGGGCAUACACUCGAAAGUCAGUCUCUGAUUUAAUUUACCAGGUCGAAACGGCGUUGGAACAUCAGAACUCAUCGCGUCAGGAAACUAUCAAAGCCUCGGUUUUCGACUCUAUUUAUCUAUUUGCUGGUGCUGACGUUAGUCCCAGUUCCUUGAGACGGCAGAUUAAUAAGGACUUACAGACUGAAUCAAGCAUUACAGUUGGCUCAACCAAAAAGUUGAGGUUGCGACCCUCGACAAAUUAUAAAAUCAGAAUCGAAGCAACUGGCAUGAAAAUAAAUGUUCUGCGCUACAACGUCGACGAACCCACGGAAGCGACCUCGGAUCUAUCUGCUGAUAUUCUCAACGACAUCGGUCUCUCCGUAGAAAACGUGGAAGUCAUUGACAAUCUCCCUACCUCCACAUGGAAUAAGUUAGCUACUCACUGGAAACAUGAACCCCGCGCUAAGGGCUCGGACAUGAUAUCCGCCAAUAUCAUGACCGUGAAGCCUAUUGAUUUUUUGGCAGCUACAGAAUUGAUUCUGAAAAUAAAACUUCUCCCACUGAGGUUGCAUAUCGACCAGGAUGCAUUAGACUUUCUUACGCGCUUUUUUGAGUUCAAGGACUCACGCUUUGAGCUAAUAGACGAAUACCCUGACUUCGUUUACAUUCAGAAGUUGGAAGUUGAAGCAGUCAAGAUAAAAAUGGAUUAUAAGCCCAAAAGCGUUGACUACUCGGUGUUAAAGUCUGGCCACAAAAGCGAGUUCAUGAAUUUUUUCAUUCUUGAAGGCUCCGAGCUGCAGCUGAGACACCUCAUCGUGUAUGGAGUGAAUGGAUUCCCUGAGCUCAAUGAGAUCUUGAACGGAAUUUGGGUACCCGAUAUAACUGGUCGCCAACUGAAAGGAAUACUCGGCGGUGUCGCCCCUAUGAAAACAGUGGUAACUUUGGGAACAGGAAUGAAAGCGUUGGUGUCAACACCAAUUAAAGAAUACAAAAGAGAUCAGAAUCUGAGUAGAGGGCUGCAAAAGGGAACUCAAAUUUUUAUCAGAGUCACAGCAAGUGAGUUUGUACGUCUGGGAGUGAAGCUUACGUCAGGCACGCAGGCUUUACUGGAGAAUGUGGAGGAGGUUUUAGGAGGACAAGGUUCGCAGGCUCGAAACCACAAGCUUAAAAAUGUCGACUUAGAAAUAAUAUCAGAGGACGCUUUCAAGAAAUACGAGAAAUUAGUAGGUGGUCAAAAUCCGAAAGCAAGCAGCCAAGAGCCGGAAGUCUUAUUUUUUGAGCCUGGUGCAACAGAGGGCGAUGCACCGAGGAUACUCAGUCUCUAUGCUGACCAGCCUUCAUCGCUGAAACAGGGCCUAAAGGAAGCUCAGGGUUCGUUCGGUAAAAACGUAACGUUGGCAUAUGAGGCCAUCCUCAAAGCCCAGCGUGACAUUAAAGAGAACGCCAACGCGCAUGAAACUGCUUCGACACUCGCGCGCGUGGUUCCUGUAGCUUUCUUGCGGCCCAUAAUUGGUGCUACUGAGGCGCUUUCGAAAGCAUUGCAGGGGAUGUCGAAUGAAAUAGACGAGGAACAGAUGGCGAUGCUCAAGGACAAGUACAAAUCAAGGAAAUAA